AUGGCCAAGAGGAUCCUCGUCACUGGCGCCACGGGCAACCAGGGCGGCUCCGUGGCCAAGUUCCUCCUGGAAUACCCCGACAAGUACAAGGUCCGCGUGCUCACGAGGAAUCCCGAGUCGGAUGCCGCGAAAUGGCUGGCCCAGCAGGGCGCCGAGGUCGUGAAGGGAGAUCUGACGGAUGCGUCGACGCUGGAUGCGGCCUUCAGCGACUGUUGGGGCGCGUUCGUCGUCACGAACUUUUACGAUGCGACAAUCAAAGACGACCCGGCGAGUGAAGAACAGCAGGGCCGCAACGCCGCACUGGCAGCACAGAGAGCCGGCGUGUCGUGCUUCAUCUGGUCGACGCUCCCGUCGUCCGUCGAGAUCUCCAAGGGCGAAGUGUGCUGCGAGAUCUACGAGGGCAAGCACCGUGUCGACGGCUUCAUCCGCGACGAGAUCAAGUUCGACGCCGCCGUCUUCGUCUACACGGGCAAUUUCUACGAGAACAUGGUCCUGCGGGGCCACGUCGUGAAGACGGACGAUGGGAAGGGCAUUGAGUUUCGCCAGCCCGUCAUCCAGCAGGAUACGACGCUCCAUAUGGUGUGGGUCGAAAAGGACCUGUCCGGCAUAACGAAGGCGAUAUUUGACAACUGGGACGAGCGGAAGGAGCAGCUGAGAUAUGAGCAUCUUUGUGCCAUGGACGCCGUUCAUACCCCUCGCGAGAUCUGUGAAGUUAUACAACGCGUGACCGGUCUGCCAACGAAAUACGUGGUUCUGCCUACGACGGGCAACGCACAGCGGGAUAUCAUGUUCACACUCUAUAACAAGACCGGCACCUAUCCUGGGGUGGUGCUGCCUGACCAAAAAGUACUGGAUCUGGGAGUACAACUGCACGGACUGGAGCAAUUUGUGAAAGAGAGGCUGGUACCGCAUUUGGGACUGGGAUAA